UUCAAUCGGGAGUGCUCCUGUGUUCAUGUUUAGUGGACGCGCGCUCCCGCGGACCGGUGGUUAAACAUGGCUGCUCUCAGCAAGUCGAUACCGCACAGCUGCUAUGAGAUCGGGCACACAUGGAAUCCGUCAUGUACGUCCUCCACCCUGCAGGUGACAGCCGGAGCUUUGGAGGUCUCCUUCAAAAUAUAUGCACCUCUUUAUCUGAUUGCAGCUAUCCUAAGAAGAAGGAAGAAGGAUUAUUACAAGAAAAGGUUGAUUCCUGAAAUCCUGCAGUCCACAUCUUUCCUGACGGCCAAUGGAGGCCUGUACAUUGCUUUCUUCUGCAUUCUUCGAAAGCUGUUGGGACGUUUUUUCUCCUGGUCGGCUGGUUUUGGUGCGGCACUGCCUGCCUCAUAUAUCGCUAUACUGAUAGAGCGUAAAAGCAGGAGAGGACUUCUAACAAUUUAUAUGGCAAACCUGGCAACAGAGACAAUUUUUCGGAUGGCUGUCACAAGAGGUCUAGUUAAACCUGUGAAGCAUGGAGAGGUUCUUCUCUUCUGCUUGACUGCGUCUCUCUACAUGUAUUUCUUCAGAUGUAAAGACAGUCUGAAUGGCUUUGCAUUCUCUGCCCUUAAAUUUAUAGUUGGUAAAGAGGAGAUCCCUACACAUUCUCUGGCCGAAAACACAAAUCCACAAGGUUUGGAGAGACCCACAACACUGGCGGAUCACAGACACGCAUCUACCUCUAGAGGGAGCGGCAUCAGAUCACUUGCACGCAGACUGCUAGAAACAAUAUGCAAACAUGGACCCAGGCAUAGAUGUUGCAAACACAAUCAGGACAACUGCAUCUCCUACUGUGUUAAAGGUUUCAUCCGGAUGUUCAGCAUGGGUUAUCUCAUUCAGUGCUGUUUGAAGGUUCCAUCAACAUUCAGACAUGUCUUCACAAAACCUUCUCGCCUGCUCUCGCUGCUGUACAACAAAGAGAACUUCCAGCUAGGAGCUUUCCUGGGAUCUUUCGUCAGUAUAUACAAGGGCACAAGCUGUUUACUCCGAUGGAUGCGUAACCUGGAUGAUGAGCUCCAUGGUCUCAUUGCAGGGUUUCUUGCUGGCACCUCAAUGUUCUUCUACAAGAGCACCUCAAUCUCCAUGUACCUCUUUUCCAAACUAGUGGAGACAUUGUAUUUCAAAGGCAUUGAGGCAGGCAGGUUUCCAUACUUCCCUGAGGCUGACACAAUAAUCUAUGCCAUCUCCACCGCCAUCUGUUUCCAAGCGGCUGUUAUGGAAGUGCAAAAUCUGAGACCAACCUACUGGAAGUUUCUGCUGCGGUUGACCAAAGGCAGGUUUGCUCUGAUGAACAGAAAAGUGCUCGAUAGUUUCGGGACCCAAGCUUCUAAAAAAUUCAAUGACUUCACGCCGAAACUUGAUCCCAGAUAUGUGCUGUGUCCCAUGGACAUGGAUGUACAGCUAGGCUGACAUAACCAGCAAGAUGUCUUUCCAUAGACCAAGAUUUAAAAGCUGGCACAAAAAGCUCUCUCUCGAUCUUAAACAAGAUCUCCCUUUACUACCCUCUCUUGCCCUCACACUAUUACAUGUUGAGUAUAAGUGUAAAGGCGGUUUUAUGUUUACUUUAAUGAUGUGAAUCUUUUUGUAAUGACAUUUUGUAACGUAAUCAUCACAGGCAGGAUGUGACACAACAACAAAAACUAUUUGGCCUUCACAGGAUAAAACAUUUAACCAUUAGGAUUACUUGAAAAAUUAAAUUAAAUUGAAAAAUGUUCAGCUAGCGGUUUACCUCAUAAGUCAGUUUGAAUCCUGGUAAUGUUUGGUUACCAAAAUGAUCAUUAACUUCCGGUAUCUACCGUAGUCAGGGUAUGCGGGUUAAGCCAUGUGAAAAGAUCUUACUAGCAGUAUUGUUGCGUGUGAUCUCUUCCUUGUCUGUUUCAUACAGCACUAUAUUGAGUCUUCUCUAUAAACGGAGGCUUUUAAUAGAAAGUUAAAGGUUAUUGGUAUAAAACUCUUGUAAUCCACCUUUUCUUGUAGUAUUCUGGUUAAUAUUAACAGAUAGUCUAUUUGAUCUGAAAACAGAUUAACACUCAUUUUAAUUGUUUUAAUC